AUGAUGGCUAUCAUGUACUUCUUCGCGGCCAUAGCGCAACUUACGCCAGCCCUUGCCCAAGGUUUGCGGGCAACGGACUUGCCCGCAUGUGCCGAGCUGCGUCUCGCGGACGCCUUGGUGACUUCCAAUUGCUCUAUUAACAGUGUUGGCUGUCUCUGCGUUGACGCUGCAUUACACGCUGGGGUUAUUACCUGUGCACGACAUAAAUGCAAGCCAAAAGACACUCUAGUAACUGUCAACCUGACUUCUAUUGCCUACGAUGCCCCCAUUCAAGACGAAAGUCCAAAGGUGGUCCAGCUAUCAAUUGCAUUCGCUUGUGUCACGAGUGUUAUUGUUUGUUUACGGCUUUUCCAGCGGGUUUGGCUUGGUAAAGGACUUUAUUUGGACGAUUAUACCAUCAUGGUAUCAUUCGUAAGUUCAUGCACAACCUUUAUUGCCUCCUAUCCGACUAACAAGCGCGGUUAUUGUAAGAUUUUCAAGAUAGCCAGCACAGUUCUCCUCGCUAUUAACUGUAGGUGCAGGACUUAUCGGAUACCUUCUUACCAAAUAAUGCGGCGUCUUAUUGUGGCCACUAUGGCGGUCACAGUGUCCUUUCUUAUUGUCUUUAGCAUUAUUGCUAUCUUCCAGUGCAAACCUAUUGCGUAUUACUGGACAGGCUGGGAUGGAGAGACAAAGGGAUAUUGCCUAAACGUGAACGCCCUCCCCUGGGUAAGCGCUGCUGCAAGCAUCCUCCUCGAUUUGUGGAUGCUUGGCUUGCCGCUAUCACAGCUUAAGCAGUUACCGCUGCAUUGGACAAAGAAAAUUAGAGCUACGUGGGAUAACGUCCCGAUAACCUACUGGUCCGCGGUCGAGUUAAACGUUAGCAUAUGGUGCGCUUGUAUGCCGAGCAUGCGCCUCCUUCUUAAUCACCUCUUUUCAUCAACAAGAGACAGGCUACACAAUUCAGCAAUAAGCCUCUCACGACACCGUCGCGCAAUCGAACCCUCUAAUCCAGACCCAAGCUUGGCAAUUAUACACUUAAGAGGGUUUCAAAUCGAGUAUUCUAAUAAGUGCGAGGCGAGUACAAGAGAGCUGCCUGCGUAA